CACCUUUAAGGGAACCCGGAAGUACUUCUUCCACCGGAUGUAUAGACUUUUCAAUGUGACUUACUUUGGCUAACAUUGUUACGGAUUUAUAUUCUCUCCGAGUUGUGUUUUUAAGCCUAUAAAAUGUUUCUUACCACCGCCAAUCUGGCCAAGGCAAAAUCAAAGACCAUCUUGGUGCAGAUGAUGAGCGCUGCAGGGACAGGCUACUUCUUCAACACAAAGAGGAACCGUCUCCGAGAAAAACUGGUGCUGCGCAAACAUGAUCCUAUUGUGAACAAGCAUGUCCUGUUUUUUGAAAAGAGGAAGAUCAGAUCGAUUUAACAAUGCACCCAAAUACCUGGACAACGUCAACCGUUUGGGUUUGAACAGACUUUUUAUUAUCAUGGAUCAUACAAGGUGUUUCAUCUGUCAGUGUUUCUGUUUGGUUUGACACAUCUUCAAAGGAUUUCUUCUUGGAUCUGUGUUGGAUCUGAAGGCCUCUGCUCUCUCCAUGGCACUAAACCCUGACCAAGCUUCAACAAAGUGUUGUUCACCACUUUUCAUGUAUAAAAGUGACUUUUAUUUAUUGCAGUCACCAUAGCUGUUUUGAUCUGAAGCUCUUAAGUCAGGGAAUAACAUGUUAAGUGACUAUUAAACAGUUCUAACUCUUAAUCCAGUCAAGUGUGGUACAAGUUAAAACCAGCACCUGUAAUUCAACCACUUGUGAAAUGUGGGAAAUUAAAUAAAUGAAAUUAUGCAAACCGAGGGUAAA